AUUUUGCUCUCGGUAUUCAGUAGUCGCGACGCGCUCCUACUGAGCACGUCGCACACCUGUCGUACAUUUUCCCCCAUUGUCCUGGAUUGUUGUUGACUCAAAUAAUCGAGGAAAUUACAGUAUUAAAAUAUAAAACUAUAAGAGAUAACGAUCGACGCAUAACUCCGGAGUUGGAUGUAUGUUAAUCGGAUUACCACGUUAAAUCGAUAUUGAUUAAUCACAUCGGCGAUCGUUCGUCGUGACCGGUAAAUAGACAGACGAACGAUUGAAUGGAUAAAUGGGCGAAUAAACACAUGUUAAAAGUGUCCGUCGAAUAAAAUUUCGAAAAUUUUCUACUUUCGUUUUCGUUAUUUUCGUCCAACGUUGUCUACAGUUCUUCGAUCAAUUAGAUCAUCGUACCGUGAUUAUGAUCGUCUAUGAAAUUAACCAUCGUUUUUGAACGUGGAAUGGUCUAUCCGAAAAUCGGCUUAAUUACAGUCGUUAAUAAAUAAUCGAUGAGGAUCGUUUUAACGUAACAACAGUUUCGAUACGUUAAAUUUAAACGUGAUACCUUGCCGCCGAUAAUUCUCGGCUGAUUCCAAGUUAUCCAAUAGUUCUCUCGCGAUUCCACGUACCGAUGAUAAACGAAUGCAUUAAUUGAUCGAUAAAUAGCAGACGACAGAAUAUAAAAUAAUAAAAAUAAAAAAGGGGUCAACGAUGCACGAACUGGUUACCGAAUUUCAUUGGAUACGUCGACGUACAUGAGCGAUUUUCUCGUUCACAUGUUGUUAUUUAAUUCUCUCGAAUUCCGAUGAAUACACGUAUGUAGAAAAGGUUGAAUGAAACAUAGAAAAGAAAAAGUGCUCAUUGAGAAUAAUUAAAAACAAUUAAAUAGAAAAAUCAGCAUCGGUGUUGGGUAUCCCCGAUUCUGCUCUUAUAUUUUCGCGUCGUCAAGACGGCACCGUUCACGAAGGAUCUUUAAAAAAUUGUCCGUUGGUAAAUUUUCCGUGUCGCACCUCCUGCAUCGGAAUAAACAGCGAGGAGAAUGCAUCACACGGCGCCUUGGUACCUACCGUGGGGUUUGAAACUCGUACCCCUACCGAUACCGCCUGGACAUCCUGCCUCCAGUAUACCGCAUCCGGGUUUACAUCUUUUGGCUCCGAUACCAGGACUCUAUGCUCCGGACCCCCAGAAGGUUGACUUGAAGCCCAUUCGAGAACCUGUGAUAACGACAGUCGCUCCCAAACUCACGGAAAAACGAAAAGCGGAGGAUGCCGACGCCAAUAAGGAUCUGAAGAAGGCAAAAUUAGAAACUAAAGCGCUCAAAGCCAAGAGGCCCGGAUUCACCGACGAGCGGUACAAUGAGACGAGCUACUACGUAGAGAAUGGACUCAGAAAGGUUUAUCCGUACUACUUCACCUUUACAACAUUCACGAAAGGUCGAUGGGUCGGUGAAAAAAUUCUCGAAGUAUUUGCGAGAGAAUUCAGAGCACAUCCUGCCGAGGAAUACGAGAGGUGCAUCAAGGCUGGUACACUCACCGUCAAUUAUCAGAGGGUUGAAAUUGACUACAGACUGCGACAUAAUGACUUACUCGCUAACGUUGUUCACAGACACGAGGUGCCGGUCACCUCGGAACCCAUCACGGUGGUGCACAUGGACGAAGACUUGGUCGUGGUCAACAAGCCCGCAUCUAUCCCUGUUCAUCCUUGCGGAAGAUACAGGCAUAAUACGGUCGUCUUCAUCCUCGCAAAAGAGUAUAACUUGAAAAAUCUUCGUACCAUUCACAGGCUCGAUAGAUUAACAAGUGGUAUAUUGCUCUUUGGAAGAACCCCUAAAAAAGCCAGACAAAUGGAACACCAAAUAAGGAACCGACAGGUGCACAAGGAGUACGUUUGUCGAGUGGAUGGCGAGUUCCCCGAAGAGGAAGUAAUUUGUGCCGAACCGAUCGAGGUGGUGUCGUACAAAAUAGGUGUCUGCAAGGUAUCGGAGAAAGGAAAAGACUGCGUGACAACUUUUAAGCGUCUUAGUUUCAAUGGAAAGUCUUCGGUCGUACUGUGUAAGCCGCAAACGGGCAGGAUGCACCAGAUACGUGUUCACCUGCAGUACCUUGGAUACCCCGUUGUCAACGAUCCACUUUACAAUCAUGUUGUAUUUGGCCCAAUGAAAGGGAAGGCCGGUAACAUCGGUAAGACGGAUGAAGAACUUGUCAAAGAUUUGAUAGGCAUACACAAUGCUGAAAACUGGCUAGGGAUGGACGGAGACUCGGAAAUGAGUCUUUUCAAGCCGAAACUUGACAUCGAAGACCAGGUCUUAGCCAAUCCGGAUAAAGAGGCGUCGCCGUCGUCUUCUCCGAGUCCACCGGAAGAGGACCUCAAGGCCCUCAAAGUUACGGUUGGAACACAAACGGGAUCAGAACCACCGGAUUCCAGCUUUACCAAUGAAAAAGUUACCACGGACCCUCACUGCUACGAGUGCAAAGUUAAAUACAGGGACCCAAAACCCUCUGAUCUUGUCAUGUAUCUCCACGCAUGGCGCUAUCGUGGUCCCGGAUGGGAGUAUGAAACUCCAUUGCCUGCAUGGGCCGGAACAGAUUGGACAGGCGGAAGUGUGGCGACUGAGGAUUGAUAAUAACGGAGCAUGUCGCACAUAUUUUGACAUGAAAAUUUUUGAAAAUAUCCCUUUUUUAUAUCCUACCCCGUGCCUUCCAUUCGUCGUGAGCCGGUCGUGAGUCGAAAGCCUCCUACAUAAGACUCGUUUUCCUUUUUUUUUUUUUUUUUUCUUUUCAUGUUUUUUCUCUUAUGGACCUUAAAUUUUAUGAUUUAAAAUAUCUUAUUUACCUACAUCGUCAAUUAGUGCGAUUCACAGUCUUCGCUGCACGAAUAUAUGGCCUCACUUUCACCGCAGCAAACUAUUUCAGCGUGUACAUGCCUAACAGUUAUUAACAUCAAACAUCAAUAUUAUCGUAAUACUCAAUACAGGUGUAGUUUUUUUUUUUUUUUUUUUUUUAUACCCAUUGUCGCUCAUGUAAUUCAAAUCACGGGGUCAAAUUUAGGGCGUUAACUGAAAUUUUUACUGUAAAUUUCAUUAGUCAGGAAUUGGAUACCCCAGUUUAAGAUGAAAAUUAUUCUACUUCAUACAUACCUAUAUGUGUAUGAAAUUUUUUAUCGCGUUUAUAAUUAAUAAGUGCUUUAAUGUACGGUAAAACUUGAGUCCGGCAGGAGAAGGGUUUUCCAACAAUCAGCAUAAUCUUCCCGUGCCUCGCGAGAGGCAAACAUCAGCGAGCUUACCAUAUCGUAAAGUCCUCACCAAUACGUAAUAAAUAAAACUAAUUAUCGCGUAUUAUUUAAUAAUCUACAACAAUGAUUCGGUAUUAUUAUUAUUGUUGUUGUUUUCAUUAUUAUUAUUAUUAUCAUUGAUAUCAUCCUUAUUAUUAUAAUUGACAUCACAAUGCCGCAAAAGUUUCGAAUACAGUAUCGAUUAUUUAUUUUUUUUUUUGUUUUAAUUAGACCAACGUGAUCAAUAGGUGGAGAUAGUUUUAAUCAUACCAAAACAUGACGUUACAAUACAAGAGUGUCCGUCGUUUACGGUACAAUUUCGCCUUAUCAAAAAAUAUUAUCAUUGAUUUCAUGCGGAUUUCUGUAACAUUAAAGUUAUCAUAUACAUCAUCAUUGUUGUCACAAUUACCAUCAUUAUUACUAUUAUCAUCAUUAUUACCAUUAUUAUUACAAUAUUGUUGCUUGUUUAGACACGACGAAGGUCUCUGCGUUUGCGAUCUGCUAUAAUCACCAUAGAGAGAAAAUAUCAAAAAUUUUGAAACAUAAAAUUAGUGAUCAAAGAAUCUAUACAUAUAUACAUAUAUAUAAAUAUAUGUACAUGUAUAAUAUAUAUAUAAAUAUUUGAAGGAAAGGAGAAUGGGAAAAAAUUAAAAAUCAUUGAAGAAAAAAAACAAAAAACAAACAAAUCAAUAAUUGUAAAGAAAAAACGGAAAAAAAUACCACAAAAACAAACAGAAAAAAAAAACAGAUAAUAUAUCUUUUCAGUUACAAUAAUAACAGAUACCUAUCAUAAAAGACAGUGUGCGUGCUUACUAAUCCGUAAAUAAUUUUAAUUAAUUGAUAUACAAAAUAGAAUAUAACAUGUAUGUUAUAUUUUAAUUAAAAUACCUCCUAACGAAUAUAUGAUUGCAAAAAAGACAGUCCAUUUGUAUAUGGCACAAAACUAGACAUCAACGUCUGUUUUAAGUGAGGCGAAACGCUUUUGUAUAUAUUGUAUACUUGCGCAUAAUUCUUAUUGUAAUUAUUGUUAUUAUGAUCACUAUUAUUAUUUGUAUUAUUAUUAUUGUUACUGUUAUUGUCAUCAUAAAAAUCGUUAUACUGCAUAUUCAAGCGAUAUGCAUGCAUGUAUGAUAGUACGUUACGUUACGUUACGUUACGUUACGUUACGUUAUGUUAAUAAGUUAUUAUUGUAUCGUGCGGUAGUCAGAAAUAAUUUAGGAGUUAGUAUGACUUUCUUGUACAAUAAAUAAAUAAACGCAAAUUUACGUUUU